GCUCCCGUGACAGCAGCACAUUUGCAGGGGACAAACCUGGAGGCUAUCCCCAUGGUGCCCGAGACCUCCAAGAAGAUGAGAGCAACUGCAGAAGGAGAUAAAUGAGGCUGUUGCUCUAUAAUCUUAUGGGGGCAAACACAAGGUGACUCACUGCUCAGAAGGAAACUUUGGAUGAGGUCUCUUGCCUGCCAGCGUCAUACCCUGCCACACUGGGUCAUUCCAACACGAAACCAAGGGCCAGCCAAGCCACGUGUGCCAUAACAAGACAGCCAUGGCCAUGGAGCGAGCUGAACACAACACAAAUGCUACCGUUAACCCUAGCUUUGCUGCAAUCUACAAUCUCCAUGAUGGGGAUUUAACCUCCUUGCGAAACUACUCCUUCCCUUUCAAUUUCAGUUACAGUGAUUAUGACCUGCCACUGGACAGUGAAGACGACAUGACCAAAACCCGAACCUUCUUUGCAGCCAAGAUUGUGAUCGGGGUGGCUCUGGUUGGCAUCAUGCUGGUCUGUGGCAUCGGCAACUUCAUCUUCAUUGCUGCUCUCGCCCGCUACAAGAAGCUGCGAAACCUCACCAACUUGCUGAUUGCCAACCUGGCCAUCUCCGACUUCAUUGUGGCCAUCGUGUGCUGUCCCUUCGAGAUGGACUACUAUGUGGUGAGGCAGCUGUCCUGGGAGCACGGCCACGUCCUCUGUGCCUCAGUCAACUACCUACGGACGGUCUCCCUCUAUGUUUCUACCAACGCUCUCCUGGCUAUUGCUGUUGACAGGUAUCUGGCCAUUGUUCACCCACUGAAACCACGUAUGAAUUAUCAAACAGCAACCUUCCUAAUCGCCUUGGUCUGGAUCGUCUCCAUACUUGUAGCUAUCCCAUCCGCAUACUUUGCUACUGAAACGGUGUUAUUUAUAGUGAAAAACCAGGAGAAAAUUUUCUGUGGUCAGAUUUGGCCAGUUGACCAGCAGAUGUACUACAAAUCUUACUUCCUUUUCAUCUUUGGCAUUGAGUUUGUUGCACCUGUGAUUACGAUGACUUUGUGUUAUGCCAGGAUCUCUCGAGAGCUUUGGUUUAAAACCGUACCAGGAUUUCAGACAGAACAGAUCAGAAAGAGGCUUCGAUGCAGAAGAAAAACUGUUAUGGUACUGAUGUGCAUCCUGACUGCCUAUGUUCUCUGCUGGGCACCUUUCUAUGGCUUCACAAUUGUCCGUGACUUUUUCCCCACCAUCUUUGUGAAAGAGAAGCAUUAUCUUACUGCUUUUUACAUAGUUGAAUGUAUUGCUAUGAGUAACAGCAUGAUAAACACCAUGUGCUUUGUAACUGUAAAAAAUAACACCAUGAAGUACUUCAAGAAGAUCAUGCUGCUCAGAUGGAGAUCAACAUACAAUGGAAGCAAGUCUAGCACAGAUUUAGACCUGAGAACAAGUGCAAUGCCAGUCACAGAGGAAGUAGACUGCAUAAAACUGAAAUAAAUCUUCUGCCAUCGUAAUCUCACGUAUUUUGGAGAAGGAGUAAAGAGGAAAUAAUGCCUCCUCAGAAGCUUCUCCCUUGUUUGUGGGAAUACCCACCAUUGGUGAGAGCCUUUGAAAAGCAGCCUACUACGCAGUUCCACCAGAACUCUUUUCACUGGACUGCUGUAUAAU